UGCACUGACAGAUACUUAUCCGAAUAACUAGAUCGACCUUAUUUCAGUAAUUUUAGUGAUAUCCAUUCUUUUAGUGCGAAUAUUUUAAGUCUAGUGCAUUUUUCACGUCAUGGCAACCCUAGCGUACAAAGUUUUGGUGCUUUCAAGUAAUUUUUGCUAAGUGUUUCGGUUAAUUUCGCCAAUGUUUACUGGAACGGUACGAUUAAAAAUAUGCGAGGCUUGUGGGUUGAGGCCUACAGAUUUUCAAAAGCGUCACUCCAUCAGCUUUGGGAAGACCGAGGAACAGUUGAUCGACCCGUAUGUAGCCAUCAACGUAGACGAGACCUAUUUGGAUCGAACCACGAUCAAAACCAAAACGUUCGACCCCGUUUGGAAUGAGUUAUUCGUGCAUGAAGUCCACAAAGCCAAGACCAUAGGGUUGACAGUGUUCCAUGAUGCUGCCAUCCCACCAGAUGAUUUCGUCGCCAAUUGCGCUAUUUCCUUCGCUAAACUCGGAGAUAUGGUCAAGGAAACUCCUGAUUUUUGGGUUGAUCUUGAACCUCAUGGUAGGAUACAUUUGGUUGUGGAUCUGCUUCACGAAACGGAAGAAAAUCGAGACCAGCGCAAGCCUAAGGAGUUCAAAGAACGUAAUCAAGGCUUCAGGAGAGGUCGUGGUGCCAUGCGUAGAAAGGUGCAUCAAGUCAAUGGCCACAAGUUCAUGGCUUUGUUCCUACCCCAACCAACAUUCUGCUCUCACUGUCGUUUCUUUAUUUGGGGUAUAGGUAAACAAGGUUACCAGUGCCAAGUUUGUACUCUAGUAACUCACAAACGUUGUCAUGAGUCUGUCCUAACCAAGUGUCCAGGAAUGAAAGAUGAGACCCCGAAGAUAAUUGGAGGGCGAAAAUCACUCCAUAGGCAAUUACCAGAACCCCCUGUCCUUAAGUCUUCUCAAUCAGCGGCCUCCUCCCAGAGAUUUGGCGUUAAUGUUCCACACAUGUUUGAAAGUCAUACCUACAAGCUGCUAACAUUUUGUGAUCAUUGUGGUUCGUUGCUCUACGGAUUUUAUAAGCAAGGACUUCAGUGUACAGUUUGUAAAUUUAACGUUCACCGACGAUGUCAAAAAAACGUAGCAAAUAACUGUGGUAUAAAUUCUAAAGAGCUGGCUGAAGCCUUGUCUAAUCUUGGAGUUUUAAAGGUCUCCGGUGGUGGCGGAGUGGCGAAUACUUCUGCCCUGAACUUCCAGGGAGGGGCAAGUGGACCUGCAGGCGCCGGAGCUGUUCCUGUAGGAUCAUCAAGCUCAGCUGCUUCGGGCGAUGGUGAGGCAGGUAGUGAUUCUGAACCAUUGAAGCCUUCCGACGAUAAGAAGAAAGGUGAUUCAGACCGAGGUAAAGGUCCAGACAGAGAUAGGGAAAAGAAAUUUGGCUUGGAAGACUUCCAUUUCCUAAAAGUUCUCGGUAAAGGUAGUUUUGGCAAAGUAAUGCUAGCAGAGAAGAAAACUAGUGGAGAAGUAUUUGCUGUUAAGGUGCUAAAGAAAGAUGUGAUAAUUCAAGAUGAAGAUGUAGAUUGUACCAUGACUGAAAAACGUAUUUUGGCAUUAGCUGCCAAUCAUCCGUUCCUGACUGCCCUCCAUUCUUGUUUUCAAACAGAGGAUCGGCUGUUUUUCGUUAUGGAAUAUGUCAAUGGUGGUGAUUUAAUGUUUCAAAUUCAACGGGCCCGCAAGUUUGAUGAACCUCGAGCUCGGUUUUACGCAGCAGAAGUUACCUUAGCUUUACAAUUUUUACAUGGUCAUGGCGUAAUUUACAGGGAUCUGAAAUUAGACAACAUUUUACUGGAUAACGAGGGUCAUUGUAAGCUAGCUGAUUUUGGAAUGUGCAAAGAAGGCAUCUGUAAUGGCGUUUUAACAACCACAUUUUGCGGAACGCCCGAUUACAUAGCUCCUGAAAUAUUGCAAGAACUCGAAUAUGGACCGAGCGUGGACUGGUGGGCGUUGGGUGUCCUCAUGUAUGAAAUGAUGGCAGGCCAACCGCCAUUUGAAGCUGAUAAUGAGGAUGAUUUAUUCGAUUCAAUCCUUCGUGAUGAUGUUCUGUACCCAGUGUGGUUGUCCAAGGAAGCCAUUUCAAUUCUUAAAGGGUUUAUGACAAAGAAUCCAGCUAAGCGUCUCGGUUGUGUCGCAUCUGAAGGAGGUGAUGCUGCCAUUAGAAAUCAUCCAUUUUUCAAAGAUGUUGAUUGGGAGGCUCUAGAAAAUAGAAACGUUAAACCUCCAUUCAAGCCAAAAAUUAAAAGUAAGAAAGACGUGCUAAACUUUGAUUCUGAAUUCACCAAAGAGGAGCCCACAUUAACCCCAGUGAAACAAGAAGUGCUCAUCUCGAUCAACCAAGACGAGUUCCGAGGGUUCUCUUUCGUCAACCCCGACUUCGAUCCUGGACGUUUCCAUCCUGAAUUUUCCAAGUAACUAUUUCAACAGACUAGCAGUUGUCAUUCUAAAAAAAACAGCUGAUCACAUCUUACCUCAUAUUUAGCGCGGCAUAGCAAACAUUUUCAAAAGCAGUAUUCUAAUUUGUCAUUCCUCCAUUGGUACCUAUAGAUAGACUGAAAACUUUUGUGUCUCCGAUCGCGAACAUGGCACCAACUACGUAAGUGCAGUUUAGGUGCAAGUCAGGCAGGAAAUUCCAUUCAAUGCUGAUGAAAAAAAUUGCGCAACCUAAAAAUCGUAGACAAUACUGCUGUCAUUAUCUGCAGUUUUCAGCUGAAGUGUUGUAACUCCAUUCUGGCCGUCGAACAUUUUUCGUUCAUCAAGGUGUUCGGUUUUGAUGAGACCUCUACACCUAUGUAAUUAAAAUUUGUAUCAUUACUUUGCUUCAUUAAGGCAAACCUAGAAGUAAAGUUUGUUCGUUUUCGUGCUGUUGAAUAUUUAGGUGAGAAAAGAUGAAAUCUGGAAUGCAGUUACGACUCUGCUAAACAUGGCACUAAUAAUCAAAUUAUCUGUAAGGAUUAAUUGUCUAGGCGUCAUAUGCCUAAAAUUCAAGCGUCUCUCAGAGACGUAAGUGUAAACAUUCAAUGAUUAAGCAAAUGGUCGGUCAGUUGUCUCUUUUUUAGGCUCGUUAGCCGCAAUUGAAGAAGUCUCCUCGUGCGGUAUGAUGGAGAGCAUUUUUUAGCAAAUCGCUGAAAUUACUUUCGUGCCUCAAAGCUUGCUCAAGACGAAUCUUCAGAAGAACGGUCAUACUAUUAAAGUGUUACCUUGAAGUACUGUCUCUGUUCUCUUCAAAGAAAAGCAGGUUUAUUCUGCGAAAAGAUGCAUCAGAGUUGUCUAUUUAAAGAAAAUAAGAAUUGAAUGCAAAAUACUGCAUUCUGCUUUAUCAGAAUGAAUUUAUUAAGAUGAUUGUUGACGUAUCUAUUCACUGGAGACUAGCCUAAUAUAACAGGUUUCUAAGCGAGAUGAACGGUAGGAACCAGACAUAAAACUUUGAUUUAGUUUUUAAAUUGAGCCAAUUUAUCAAUGCCUCUAUGACUUUUAAACUUCUGUGAGGUUUUAGGGUAUCUGAUAACUUAAAUUAAGGCGUUUCCUCACCCAGCGAACAUUGUUAAAAAAUGCAAUCCAACCAGCCGAUCAGCAACUCCGUUGCUUUGCUCUUUUCGUCUUGCCAAGUCAGGAGCAACAGCCUUCUACAAAAGGACCUCUGCCUUGUAAUUUCUCAUUUUUAGGGAAUCAUUCGCUCCUAGUUGGGGAAGACUUUUCUAUAAUCCAACCGGAAUCAUUUGUAAAAUAAGCUCGCAUAUUCUACCUGCUAAUGUAUCAUAAACUUUCUUUCAAUACAGCAGUACAAAUUAUUGUAUUAUUAGCUGUAUAGUUAGCAGCCUAAGCUCUAAUGUUCUAUCUCAGCUGUUUUGUACGUUUGUUGUCUUUUCGUAGAACUUGGCGAUAGGCUUGAAAUAGUUAUGUCCAACGGCUUAACUUUGAUUAAGCUUUGUUUUCUAGGCUUGAUCGUCAGUCGUUGGACCUUCUAAAAGUUGGAACUGUUGAUCUAAGUUAAGAAAAAUCUACACCGUACUAGAAAAAGUUAAAGCCGUUAAAUUUUUCUAGUGCACUCUUGGAAUAGCCUCCUUUAAUUCAACCAAAAGUAAGUGCUUCGCUGUCUAAGUCUAUGCACAAUGAAAUGUCAGGUUCUGACUCAAACGACCAUUUAUCUUUACUUAAUUUUUAUUUGUUUUUCUUUUUUUUGUUGCUCAUUGUUCAAGUUUCAUUUAAAGACUUUCUUUGUCCGUAGAAACUUUUUAAUUACUUAACGCGCACAGUUCAGUUGGGAGCUUAAAGGCAGCUUUACAGUAUUAAAGUAUGAUUUUUAUGGGAUCAAAGCUUCAAAAGUAGAUCCCCCAGAAUCCAUUGCAAUUCGAUUUUGGCCAAUUUUUGGCUGUAUCCGCCGUGUCAGACACUACUUUUUCCUCUGUUUUUUUCGUCCUUACUGCUACAGUAUUAAGGUUGUCAUCAACAAUUUAUGCUGAACCAAACAUAACAUGGUGGAUACCUUUGGCAUUUAGCAACAAUAUAAGAAAUAAGCCACUGCUAUUUAUCAGCAUCCUAUUACAGCCUGGAUUUUUGCUGUUGUUUUUACUUAUUUAUUUUUUUUACUUUGUUUUAUAUUUUUUCAAUCAAGAUUUGUCGUUAACGAGCGUGUCAAAGUUAACUUUAAUAUAAAUCAAAACUUUUUAAAAAGAUUUGUAUCGGCCACAGCAACGCAAGUUGCUUCAAUGCUUUCUUCUUUUGUGUUUUUCUUUGCCAAACUCUUUCGAUUUUACUUAGGGCAUCCACAAUUUGAUUCUGAAAAUGCUGUUAUCUUGUCAUUGUUUGAAAAGAAUAUCAUUGUUUGAGCAAUGAUCAAAAGUAAAAGUAACCGAAAAUUUAAAGGUUGUAGCCAACUAUACACAAGUUAAGGAACAUAAAUGGAAAGGGUAUUUUGUUAUGUGUAUAUUUCGUUGUUGGUUCAUUUUUACGAUGUUCAUUUGAAUGUGAAGGCUUUAGCUCAUCCAUCAAAAAAAUAUGUGUUAGGUGAAUUUUGUUUUCCAUGAUACAACUGGCCCAAUUUGACAGUAAUAGAUUCAAAGAUUGAUUUCAUUUAUAAUCAUGGUAUCUGUUAUUGCAUACAAGUUUCUUUUAGCCCAGCUUUUCUCAACAUUGGCACAAAAAAAGUGCAUACGAUUUUUAAAGCCCAUUUUGCUCAGGAGGUCGGAAGGAACAUCAUGUAAAAUAAUAUUGAAAUAUGGCUAUCGUCGAAUUUCUUGGUAUCAUGUCUGAAUACUUUGACGCUUAAACCAAUUUUAUCAUCACCACUGAAUUGCAAACUGCUAAAAUCAAAAUGUAACUCUAUACUGUUCGCAAUUAACUCAUUUCAAAAGUUGCUGUGGCUCCAUUUAUUCCUAAAAAUUUUCCCUUUCUUUUUCUCUCUUCCCUCAUUCUGAUAGCAUAAUAGAUCAUGGUUAAGAUGCAUAACAGUCGAACAAAUUUGCAUUUGAAUCUAGUCAUUUCAACAUUAUUAAUGUAGGAUUUUACUCUUUUACUUUUAUGAUCUGUGUUUCUGUAAUUGUAUGAUAAAUUCAGUAAAGGUUUGAUUUUUUAUUCGACCAUCGGGCAUGUCAACAGGGAAUUUUUGUAUGAAAAUCGUGUGCUUUUAAAUUCUGUCAGCCCUCUCCUACCGGUUUUUCUGUGGCGUGCACAAACUUAAACUUCUGAAAAUCAAAAUUUUACUACUCAGGGUAUACUCCAACUUUGAAGUAUAUACUUUCAACAGGUUGCUCUCAUGAGAAAACUUAUCGAAAAUAAUUGUAUACAGUUUUUAAGCGUGAAAGACGGAUACUGCUCGAUUAAGCAUUUUUUUUAAAAGCCUGAAUUAUUAAACAGCGGGCUGAUUAUUGAAAUUGAUAGAUAAAGCGAUGAACAAAAAAUACAAAGGCAAAAUGGAGAGAUCUUAUUGGUUGAAAUGGGUGGCUGUAAUAGACCAAAGAGGAACAUGAUAGACUAUUCAUAAGAUCUCUUGUGGGUUGCCAUUCAUUAGCCUAUUACAUACCUCCUUCGUCCACCAUUUUGCUUACCCUUUGUCUUCUUUGUCAAUUACUUUGUCUAUCGCUUCGUCUAUCAAUUUCAAUAAUCAGCUUGCAGGUAAAGUAAGCUGUGUUUUGUUAUUUUAAGAAACUGAGGUUUUCGAUGUGCUCAGUGGUGAAUCUAGGUACUUUCUCUUCUGUGCUGAAGGAAAUUCUUCAAAAUCUUGCACUCUCAGACCACAUCAAGUCGAAUUAAAGCAAACUUUUACUGAGGUAACCUGUGUGCUGUGCUCAAAAGAACAAAAAUUCUCGCAUCAUUCAUGUUUUACCAGAGGAAAAAAAAAAUCCUGUUUCAAUUCCAGUUUUACAUCACUAUACACAAGUAGGGGUCAUUCCUUCAUUUGUAUUGUCAUACAUCACUAUAUAAACCUGUCACACCAUACCAAAUCUUUCAAACAUUUUUACAAAAUCUACUCACAAUGCAAAUCAAGCUACUUACCUGACUCUUCCGCUCAGCUGCCACUGUUUGUACCGCAGACUAAAGUUAUUUUUGAAAAAAAAAAAGGAAACAUGAUCAGAGAUUUUGAAAUGUAGCAAUCGAGGUACGCAUUUUUUACUUUAGCUAGUGACAUUCAAUAUUUUCUGGGCUGACAGCACAUGUGCAUCAGACAACCGUCUAUGACUAAAGAAAUCACUCCCAUACAAAAAGGUAUACUUUUUCGAGCAGAGAUGAUUUUCUCUCUCAAGUAUCUAAAAUUUGUGCUAAACAUCCACCCAUGAAUGAGGUCCCCUCAAUCAUGUGUCCCCUUUACUAUCGCUUAUUUCGCUCAUCACUGAACUUCCUCAGGGUAGUCUCUAGUCAAAUCACACUUCUAAUGCCCAUCCUUUAAGGAUUUAGUGCAUCCCACUGUAAGCGCACUUAUAUUUUUCUCUAGUAUUUUCCUUUUUAUUAUCAAAAUAUUUUGUCAUUAACGUUGUAUUUCAAAGAUCAAUCCAUUCUCAGAUCGAUAGACAAAUUGAUUUUCUACUUGCAAACCCCCUAUAGUUUGAUAAAUGGCCGGGGUGUAAUUACUACUUCAUUGAUAUUCCUCCGCAAACCAGUUAUAUCAACUCGGGUUUUUAAAGAUUUUCUUCCGUCAGACAGUAUUAGCAUAGCUUGUAUGUAACAUUUUUCAUUUCAUCUAGGUUUGUCCCGAUAAGUUUAACUUAGCCUGCAUUUGAAGGAAAUCUAAAUGUCAGAGUUUAGACUUGAUAAGGAGAUUCAAUUGGCCCAUUUUCACAGACACUGAGCCUGUAGCACACAAUAGAUACAGCUAACUUUUUGAGUUUUUCUCCUUUACCAUCAAAACUCAUAAUUUUGUUACAAUUCAUGGCGCAUAAUCUGUCCAACUCUUUGACAAUUACUGCUCCAUCAGUAGAGGGUGCAUUUCUUUUACUCAUCCUUCCUCCCUCUUCUUUUAAUGUCAUUCUCAAAGAAGCCCUUUAGAUAGGUUGUUUUUGUAACCAUUCUGUUGCCCCAACAAGUUCCAUACAUUUUAAACAUUUCUUGAGGUGAAGUAUCUCUCCAAUAUAUGAGGAAUUCAGUCUUUCUCCUUACCGUUAGUGUUACUUAAUGGGCAUUCUAAAUGACUGUUCUUGUGAUCCAUCAAUAUGAAAUUCAAAUUUUAUUGAGUUUGACUCGUAACUAACCUGAUUUUGUUCCUUUCUCAGUAUAUUACGCCAACUUCAUAACAUCAGUAUUUUAUUUUUAGUUGAAGCGGUCAUUUGUUUGCCUGACAUGAAUUCAAAGCUGAUCAGACCCUCUCCAUCAAAAAUUAAUAUGUUUCUCAAUGCCAAGUACUUGUCAUGUCUCUGGUAUUUUGAUGAACAGUAAGCUAGGUUUCAGUAUUCUGUCUCUCCUUUUGAAAAAUUCUCUCUGUAAUCAAAUAUUUGAUGUUCAGUUUCAAAAUUUUCGAUCUCUCACUUCAUUUGGUAGUAUUUUUCAAAAAAUCCCAUGCUCUCCGAGAGAGUGUUCAAGUAUUUCAUAGUUCUUUCAAAGGGGAUAAAUAGACUAAGUUUUUCAUAGUAUAACGCGGUGCGUUUCUGUCGAACUAAGCUCGAACUGCAAUAUUACGCACCAUUCAAAAGAGUGUAAAUUUUUGGAGGAGCAAUUAGUUGUGGACAAUAUUUUGUUGGAAAGUCCACGAAAAAUGAAGAGUCUCUACUCUGCAUCACAGCCAAUUUAUAAAAUGGAGCCGUAUCCAAAAAUAAGGAGCGCUUUCAAUCGCCCUCCUCAAGUAUCAUAGCUGUGUCAUCAAAUAAAUUUUGUACAGAGACCUUAGGGAGGACUGCAGGGUUGCCACAGCCAGGGAAUGCCGGGAAAUGUUAGGGAAUCUUGAAAAGGAAACCUGGAAAUGUCAGGGAAGACGACGAAAUAGUGAGGGGAAAAUUGUCAAGUUUUUACUUGCUUUCUAAAAAUGGGUUUGACGUUUCAAGCAACAAAUUUUGCCUGAAAACUAUUUCUAAUCAUGUCUUUUUAACCAUUUGGCAAAUCUUUAAUUGUCAGGGAAUUUUACCAAAAUUUAUCAGGGAAAUUAAGGAAUUGUCAGGGCAAUUAAUUCUCUAAAUUCUGUGGUAACCCUGGAAGUGAUGUAAUUAUCUACAAAUUCGUAACUUUAGGUCUUAUUGAGACUCGUAAUCCUCCGAUUUUACUUCUAGACUAAUCGCCUGCCAAUCCCCUCUCGACUUGCUUCCUCGAAUUUUCAAUGCCUGUCCCAAGUAUUUCUUAGACUUGAAAUGUCAGAUCGUGUCGCUUGCUUGUCUUGUGCAAAACCUUUGAGAGUAAGCUUAAAUCAUGAAACCAUGUUAGUUGUGUCUUUUAAUUAAUUUAUAAACUGAUUUAUAGUCUUUAGAUACUUGUUAAAUUUUGAAUAAAUUUUAUAAAAUUUAGAUAUUUUAACCCUUAGAGUAGAACAAGUGUUAUCUAAUUAUGAUUCAAUGCCAAUUUCUAGUCAAUGUUUUUUUAGUUUAAAGGAAAAAAUUAUUUGUUAAGUGUAUUUGAAUAACUGAUUAGUCAGUAUUCACCGUCAGUCAUUGCUGACUUAGUCACUAAUAUGUUAUUGAAACCUAUUGACUUUGCUUCAUCUUCCUGUUUUUCUGUACCAGGGGGCCAUGCCUCCUGACCGCUUUGCGGUCCAACCCCCUGAAACGCAUCGCGCCUCAGGUGUUAUGCGUUACUCUUAUGAUUUUAUAUUAGAGAGUAAGAUUUGACGAGACAGUCGACAUUCUAGUAUCACCUUUUUUUGAUUUGCAAACUUACGACAGUUCGUAAACUGUUGUUGUGAUCUGUUCCAAUGGAAUCAAUUUUUACUUCGAAAACAUCAAGACUUAAGCUCGAUGUAGGCUGAGGAAUGAAAAAUAUUCCUUCACUUCAAAGCUUUUAAACCUAAAGUUAAGCGUUAGAUGAGAGUUAUGAAUUGAAUUCUUUUCUUUAACAAAUGACAGACUUUUCUCAGCUUCCAAAAUCGUUCACAGAAAGAGGGACCUUAGACGUGAAGAACCUAAAAUUUGUUUAAUUAUAUCAUUGUAGAGAGGAGUGUUACAUGAACACAAUUGCUUAAAAUAUUUUAAACGAAACUAGGGUUCAAUGCUUCGAAUUUAUUCGCAAAAAAUCUUAAAUUUGUGAAAAAGCGAUUUAACAUUUUAGUCUGUUAUGUCGAGAGCUCCAAGUUGUUCGCCCAUAAUGCACCUCUAAGCUUUUUUUUGGUACACAAAUGAAUUCAACUGAGGACUACUUAUUAUUGCUGGUUAAAAACUCAAAUAUUACGGCCCGUUAAAAGUUGCUCUCGCAGUAAAUCUUCCUCUGUGUGUUCCCAGAGGUCCCUUUUUCCUCGAAUAGUCAUACAUUUUAUAUUGUCAGACAUGAUGAGUGGAAAGUUUUUGUAAGGCUGAGGCGCGCCUCAAGUGAACUGGAAUUCAACUGGAAAUUAUGUAAUGAACCAAGGAAGUCUCUCAUCAAAAAGCAUACUACAGACUGUUUUUCAGGGCCCAAAUUCUGCUUCUUGAUUUUUGUGAGAUGCUACCUGUUUGUUAAUUUGUAGUAAGCUCUCAUGUCAGUUGAUUCCGCUAAUGUUUAGAUUAUUCUGCAUGAUUUGCAAGCAGCUACAAUCAGCAAGAUUUUGGCUGAGGAGUGUAUCUAAUUGAAUUUAACAUGUUGACUGCCAUGGCAUUUUUUGCCUUCAAUUUCGCCACGGCUAGAAAGGAAUCUUAUCUUGUGUGCUGUGAAGAUGGCUAGCCCUUCAGAUUUUUCUCUUUUUCUACAAAAAAAAGAGAGAUAAAUUGAAACGUUAAGUCAGCAUUGGUAGUUUCUAUUGUGGUAGUCAGUGUGUUAACUGUAGUUGUAAGCGGAAAAUUCUUAUUUCUGUCUGGAUGCUCUAAGCACUGGACUGCAGUCUAUUUUGAAUCUAUAAAACUGUUGGAAGACUGAUUUCAAUCUGCUAGGCAUAGUCCCUGGAAUUUUUAAGGUUACUUUAUAAAGUAGUACAAGAGCCUCCAUUCAAUUUAAAAGGGGUGGACAAAAAAUUGAACUUUUUUGAAACCUGUGAACACUAAUCGUCCUCUCUCAUUAGUUGGAUUUGUUAACUGUACCGCUACGUGUACUUUAAAAUCUGUUCAAUUGUAAUCUGAAUGAACAGGAUUACUAAUUCUGCGUGAUUGUUCUCAUAAGGUUUUCAUCACCCUUUGUAAUUUUCUCCUCUCUUUACAAAUGAAUGUCACCUAUGUUUUUUAUUUUCUUUAAUUUUUCAAAUGGCCAAUGAACUCUUCCGUAAGACUUUCAGUAAGUGUGCCCAUUUAUACGUGGAGCUUAAAAUUAUAGAACGCACAGAAAAUCCUGCUGGCGGUACUUGUUUAUUAAGAAAUUGUAAAAACUCCUCAUAGAAUUAAAAAAAAAGAGGAGUAAAUAUAGGAGGAGUUUAGUUUUACAUUUUAAAAAAAAAAAACUGUAAGUUUUUACAAAUUGAGAAACUCUUUUUUCAAAAACGGAAGACUUUUAUUGGUUUGUAUAAGUGAAUUUUUCCAAAUAUUCAAAUGAAGAAGAUAUGUAGUAUCCUUCUCAGUAUACGUAUCAUAAAAUUUAUCAGAGAAUUACAUAAAUUUGCAUGUGAAGUUAAAUGAUUUUGUACUUGAAUAUCCACUAAAUUUCAAUGCAAAUUAUAGUUUAUGUUAUGUGAAAAAUAAUAUGUAAUAAUUGUAAACAAAUUACGGAAAAUUCAAUUAUUUUUACUCGUAAAAAUGAAUUGAAAAAGAGUUCUCUUUAAAUUUGUAAACAUUAACAGUUCCUUUUUAAAGCUAAUUCCUCCUCAACUUUAUCCUUUUUUCCCCCUUUUAUGAAAAGGUGGAAGUCACUACUAUUAGGGAAGUUUCUAUUUCUAUUUGGAUUUUUCACAGUUUUGGAAGUUUGUCAAAUAUAAAACCAAUUUCUCUUUUGUUGCGUUGAUAGGAUCAUUGUGAAAAGCUUAAGACUUGGUUAGGGAUUAAAUACAAUAGAUCAUUUGAAUAAAUAGUGAACAUAUAAAACUCGUCAUUUCACUCGAAGGCCUCGGCUGAUAAAAUGCUACAGUGACGGCCUAGCUGCCGAUGACUGACCUUCCUCAAGUUUUCAUUUUCUUGUGUACUUCUUUUUUGUGUGUGUCCGUGUGUAUGUGUUUUGAUUGUACGCGUGUGUCAAGAUAUCUCAGUGAGCUCUCCUGAUAUUGAAUUGUCUUUAAGACUUUUCUUAACAGUUCCUUAUUACUGCUUCAUCAGUAACCAAUAUUAUAAUCACAACUUCCUCGUCGAUUUAAGGACUAGACCUUGCAGUUUUCUGAUAUUUAGACAUUGAUAAUUAUAUUUAAUUUUUAUCUUGAUGUUUUCUCCUAUUUCUGUUCUGCAACUUACCCUCUGAUUCAGGUGCAUUUGUUUCUCGUCCUUCAGAGCAUUAUUUAAAGCUGUGAUUUGAUGUUUCAGACAUUAAAUCGGACGUUUCGCACUUCGUUGGACUCCUGUGUAAUCAUUCGUUUUUAACCAAGCAAUUUAUUUGAAUCUACAAAUUUAGGCCCCCAAAAUAAAUUUCAAGUUUGUUUAUUUACAAUAUAUUUUUAGUUGAGGGCACAUGGAAUUUUAUUUUUGACAGGGCGCCAUAUUAGUAGCUCUCUCAUAACUCAUUUUUGAAGAUCCAGCCUCAUUUCACAGUUAACUGUAAAUUAAUUAUCUUAAAAUAAGAAGAUGGAAGAGAUUUCUUUGUCUUUCUUUAAUUUUGUGUCUGCUAGUGAGGUGGAAUUGGAUAAAAUUUUGUGAGUUUUUGUUAAUUCAUCUGUCAGUGUUAUAUUGUGCCUACCUGUAUUAAUUUCAAGUUUGGCCUAAUAACUCCUAAUUAAAAUAUUCACCGUAAAAAAGUGAUUCUCCUGGAGGCAACUCCUGGAUGCCUCCAAAUUUUUGUUGUUAUUAUUUUUAUUUUGUCUUCUUCGUUUUUGUAAUGAGCCUCUAAAAAAGUAUGUAUACUCUGACUCUAGAAUAAUUGUUUUUUGAAGAUCUCUAUUUUCUUUUUCUCCCUUCGUGUAUUGUAACUGUCUGUUCGAAUCAUUGUUCUAUUUGCCUACCGAUUCUAUUCAAGAAGUGAUUACGGAGAUAGUAGUUACCAGGGAAACCUGGCACAACAAUUUCUUGUAAAGCAAAGUUUUACUCCCGAGUAUUUUUAGUGACUUUUUGCUGUAUUCGGUGAAAAACUAAGUCAAUCCACCAAUAGCAAAUUGUUUUUGCAUCAUUGAUUUCAAAUCAAAAUCUUGCUCUACAAGUUUUGUUUCGUCCAGUUUUUCCUGAUUCUCUGUAAUAGUUAAGCUUUUUAUUAUGAUGCAUUUAUAAGGUACCCGCAUUUUGAAUGCAAACAAGGUUUUAACAUUGAAAAUGUUCUUUUCUAAGUCUUUUAGUUUUUUUAGUACCCUCUAAGUUGAUCUUUUCAUAAUUCAGUGUCCAUUUAAUAUUCAACAAAUUUUAGCGUAACUUGUUUUACGGGAUUGUAAAUAACGCACAUAUGAACUCUUACAUAUUAUAUCAAAAAUAUGUUAAUUAUUAAAAAGCGUAUUCAUUGUUA